AAGGAAAAUGUGAAAGUUGCAUUUUCGAUUAGGCUCAAUUAUUUGACCUACCGCUGCUGUACUUUGUUAACUGAGUGGUGCUCGCACUUUAGACUCAUUGGUGUCGUUCUCUUCGUUGGAGCGUUUCAUUUUCGAAACAUUUAGACGUUUUGGUAGAGGUCUAUGCCAUUUCCUUUGCCAUAAUGGUGAAAACGUUUCAAGCGUAUCUUCCUCACUGUCAUAGAACUUAUAGCUGCAUUCACUGUCGAGCUCACCUGGCUAACCACGACGAACUUAUUUCAAAGUCGUUCCAAGGUAGCCAAGGCCGAGCUUACUUGUUCAAUAAAGUAGUGAAUGUUGGUUGCGGUCCAGCCGAAGAACGAGUUUUGUUGACAGGACUACACGCAGUUGCCGACAUUUAUUGCGAGUGCUGUAAAACAACUUUGGGAUGGAAAUACGAACAUGCCUUUGAGAACAGCCAAAAGUACAAAGAAGGGAAAUUCAUCAUUGAAAUGGCACACAUGAUAAAAGACAAUGGUUGGGAAUAGAGAAAAAAAGGACCGAUCCGCAGUGAACUAAAAAUUUUUAUAUGUCCAGUGAGCCUGCAUUGGAUUUUGUACAGAGAUUAUGUUUUAUUCAUAAUGUUAAAAGAGCUUUUAUACUUGAAAAAAACCACACAGACAUUCUGAUAUACGAACGAACCAAUUUAGAACUCUUUCGUAAGAAAUCUUCGCCCGUUUCUUUGUAAAUAGCAGAUAAAUUUUUAGCUUUAAUCUACCGCAUAUUGCGUUUAAAGAUAUCGAGAUCGUUUUAAGCUUUAAGGUAAGCUUAUAAUGUCCGAUCUUAAAGCACUGCUUGUACAGUUAGGUUCGCUAAUAUAGUGAAAAGUUUGUACAUAUGAAAAUAUCAUGUAAGUAUGAGGUUUAAUUUGCUUUGAGUGAAAAUGAAAGACAGAAAAAUAAAAUUGUUGGUGAUACGA